ACUGCUUUCGAUUGUUGGCGGGCGCCGCCAUCUUGGUCAGUGAGCUUGCGAGUGGCUGUACGACGAGGUGUACGUAUUUCGGUGAAACGAGUAUUUGGUGCGAUUUCCCUGAAAUCUUUCGUCUACCCGUGAAAUCCACGAGCAUCCAAGAUGUCGGAACGGGAGGACAACGUUUAUAAAGCGAAAUUGGCUGAGCAAGCGGAGCGCUAUGACGAAAUGGUCGAGGCGAUGAAGAAGGUCGCCUCGCUGGAUGUGGAGUUAACCGUCGAAGAGAGGAAUCUUCUUUCUGUCGCUUACAAAAAUGUGAUUGGCGCGAGAAGGGCAUCCUGGAGAAUAAUCUCCAGCAUCGAACAAAAGGAAGAGAACAAAGGUGCCGAGCGGAAACUAGAGAUGAUCCGUCAAUACCGAUCUCAGGUUGAAAAAGAGCUGAAAGACAUCUGCGCCGAUAUUCUCGGAGUUUUAGACAAACAUUUGCUCCCAUGUGCAUCUACUGGCGAAUCGAAAGUCUUCUAUUAUAAAAUGAAGGGUGAUUAUCACCGUUACCUUGCUGAAUUCGCCGUUGGCAACGAUAGGAAGGAAGCCGCAGAGAAUUCUUUGGUCGCUUAUAAAGCAGCAAGUGACACCGCCAUGACGGAUCUACCACCAACUCAUCCCAUCCGCUUAGGAUUGGCACUCAACUUUUCCGUGUUCUAUUAUGAGAUUCUCAAUAGCCCUGAUAGAGCAUGUCGUCUUGCGAAGGCAGCCUUUGACGACGCGAUCGCGGAACUAGACACCUUAUCCGAGGAGAGUUACAAAGAUUCUACCCUCAUUAUGCAGCUUCUUAGGGACAAUCUUACUCUAUGGACGUCAGACAUGCAAGGAGACGGGGAGGGCGAACAAAAGGAGCAGUUGCCAGAUGUGGAAGAUCAGGACGUAUCGUAACUCUAACUGUAGUGAGUGUUAUAUUGCGUAUAUAAAACUGAAAAAACACAAGAAAGCAAAAAACUCUUAAUAACUUGUAAGCAAACUUGUAAGAAAACAAUUCAGCAGGUGGCAGUUCGGGGUGGGAAGGGGAGAUCUUUAAACGAUUGCGUGUUCUAAGCACGCACGUACGGUUAUUCCAAAAAAAAAAAAAAAGAAAAUACAAAAAAUGAAAAAAAAAAAAAAAUAUCAUUCGAAAUAAUACACACUAAAUUACGAAGCGCGCAGAAAAGUUAUAAAAUAAAAGGACAUACUCAUUACGCAGUUAAUAGAAAAGCUGCAAGAGCAUGUAGAGAGGCAUUACUCUUUGCCUUCUUUGCGUAUCGAGAAGAAAAAAAAGAUGCUGUCUCUUUCAGUGUACGAUGUCGAGAACGUUGAGUUGGCGCCGACUGAUGCAGCGCGUAGUAUAUAUUCAAUCAUAGUAAUAAAAUCAGAAAAACACGGAAUGAAAUAAAUAAAUAAAUAAAAAAAAAAAAAAAAAAAAAAAAAAGAAUAUGCGCUAAUCCAGUCGGAAUAAACUCUCAUUUUUGUUUGCUCCAGCGAGUGAGAACGAAUAGCAUUAUCCUCUCCGCAAUGUUUUAUCAAUAACGAAUUAAUGGCUCGACGUCGAUCGAAAUGCA